AUGUCACUAUCACAAUUCUCUCUCUCUCUCUCUCUUUUUUACUUUCCUUUUCUCUCUCAACUGUCACUAUCACAAUUCUCUCUCUCUCUGUCUCUCUCUCUCUCUUUUACUUUCCUUUUCUCUCUCAAAUGUCACUAUCACAAUUCUCUCUCUCCCUUUUUUACUUUACUUUUCUCUCUCAAAUGUCACUAUCACAAUUCUCUCUCUCUCUCUCUCUCUCUUUUACUUUCCUUUUCUCUCUCAACUGUCACUAUCACAAUUCUCUCUCUCUCUUUUUUACUUUCCUUUUCUCUCUCUCAACUGUCACUCUCACAAUUCUCUCUCUCUCUUUUUUACUUUCCUUUUCUCUCUCAACUGUCACAAUUCAUACCGCUUCUUUUAUACCUAUUUCUACAUUCUAUCUUUCUCUCUCUCUCUCUCUCUGUUUCUCACUUUCUUCUUUCUCUUUAUUCCCUUUAUCUUCUAUUUUGCACUUUCUGUCUUUCUUAUUUCAUUCUCAAGUAUCCCUUCCGAUAUCAUAGUCUCUUCUUCUUUUCUACUUCUCUCUGCAUUCCCUCUCUCUCUCUCUCUCUCUUUUCUACUUUCUCUUUAUUCUUUAUAUUUCUUCGUCUGUCUCUUCCUCUCUAUAUGAUUUCAUUAUUUCACUUAUUAUUCUCCGUUUGCAUCACUAUUUCGAUCCCUUUUAUUUACUCUUACUCUCUUUCCCCCUCUUUCUCUCUCUCCCUCCCUCUCCCUCUCUCUCUCUCAUUGUUUUUUUGGCCACAUUCUCCUCGAUUCUUCUUUUUACAUCUCUCCACAAUAUGGCUUUCUCUCUUUACAUCACUAUCACACGCACCAACCGAUGCUUUCUCUCGGUCUCUCUCUUUCUCUGCCUGCCUCCCCCCCCACUUUCACUCUGUCUUCACUCCCUUUCUUUCUACAAUAUCCUCUUUAUGUCUCUCCCGAUUAUCUUUUCACUUACUUUCAGUAAAUCCUUAA